AUGCCCGAAUGGGAGAGAAAUGAAUACCGAAGGCUGAUUCAGAGGAUAUGCAGACACCAUAGGGAUAUAGUAGAGCCGUUCAUCAAUCCUGUGCCCAAGACGGUACCACGCUACUAUGACAUCAUAUCGACACCUGUUGACAUCGGGGUCAUUCGGGAGAAACUCGAUACCCUGGCAUAUAACAGCCGAGCUGAGUUCGAAGGUGAUAUCAGACAAAUGCUCAGUAAUGCAUAUUUGUAUAAUAACCCGGGUGAAUACGUCUUUGAGAAGGCGUUGGAGUUCCACGAUCUCUUCAACGAGCAAAUGAACACAACGGUUGCAGUCGUGCUGGACAGGCUGGCUCAGGAGGAGGAGGCUAUUACUAAGGUCAAACGUCGGCGGAAAGAGUAA